GCAUUUAGGCUUGAAAUGUCGCCGCAAAUGGUGCAGUUAGAUGCUCUGGUCACAAUGUUGGCCUGUCUAUCGACAACUCAGACGGAUCUAGGUGGUGGAUUAAUAGUCCCACCGACACUCGACGAUGCACAGACCUGCCCCAUCGGCUCAGUAAGCGGCAUCAAUUCCCGCAUACAAAGCUUAUCCAAGGAAAUUACCAAUGUGAAGGAACAAAUUGGUCAACUGCAAGAGCAGAUGGUUGACCUGCGUCGCCCUGGCGCUAUAGCGCCCAACCUUCUAGGCUCAAGACUCCUUGAUAUUGAACCGAAAUUGUUGGCCGCUGCCUUACCUGGUGAUGUAGCUGCAGCGGCUGGCCUGGGCAUAGUGGAACCAUUGACACCCCACAACUGUCAGAAGCAGCAGCACGGUGUGGUCCGGAUUCGACCACGUGCAAAUGUUGAACCCUUCUUUGUGUUCUGCGACCAGAAGGUACGUGGCGGCGGUUGGACCAUGGUUCUCAAUCGUUACGAUGGCAGCGAAGACUUUAAUCGAAAAUGGGCUGACUACAAAAUCGGCUUUGGACCCCUGACCAAUGAGUUCUUCAUUGGCCUGGAGAAACUCCAUCAGAUCAGCAGCAGCGACAAUUAUGAACUGCUUGUUCAAUUGCAAAAUCGCAAACAGGAAUUGCGUUAUGCCGUCUACGAUCACUUUAGCAUUGGCAGUGAGUCCGAGCAAUAUCGCUUGAAUGUCCUAGGCAAAUAUCAGGGCGAUGCUGGCGACGCCUUGCGCCAGCAUGUGAACAAGAAGUUCAGUACCCACGAUAUGGACAACGAUGAGAGUGAGGGGAAUUGUGCCGCUGCACAAUCGGCUGCCUUUUGGUAUGCCAACUCAUGUACUCUCAGCAAUCCAUUCGGACUUUAUCAACGACUCCUCGAACGUGAUGUUGAUGGCUACAAGGGAAUACUGUGGCGCGGCUUUCUCGAUGGACCAAGAGGUUCACUCAAACUGGUGCGUAUGUUGCUCCGACCACGUGCGACUACAGAAAACUAAACAUCUACUUAAAAUUAGUAUAAUAUAAAUAAAACUGUGCAAUAUAUUAUAACAACAAAA